AUGAUCAGGUCCAGCAUCUCAUCUAGAAUUUUGAGGACAUGCGCGCGAGGAUUCGCAGUCAAAAAGAAGCCCAACUAUGAAGACCAGCCUCAGAAGAUCAAUAAGCCCGUUCUCGUGAAAACGCUCAGGGGAUUUCAGUUCGCAGAUGGGGACCAAGUUUACAAAGGGGACAUCCUCGUUCGACAGAUGGGCAUGGAGUUCUACCCUGGUGAAAAUGUAAAAUUGAACAGAGACACAUGGGACCUUGUUGCUCUGCGCAACGGCCGUUUUACAAUUACCACGGAAACUCUCUCGCCCUAUCCCGACAGUCCACUCUACCCGGUUGUGAAGGAACAAGAACGCGAGCUUAGAAGACCCUUUGUGCAUGUUAUAGCUCCGCCUCUCACUCCAGUUUUUCGAUUGAAACGCUCUCUGUAG